AGAUUUGCCGAGUAAUCAAAAUAAAGUAUAACGUUACAGUUUACCACAUCUUUACUACAACUUCGUACACAAUUCACAGAGCAAUAAAGUAUAACUGUAAGUUACUACAGCUUUACUACAGCUUCGUACACAAUGGAGCCUCGCUUCAGGAGACGGGCUGAUGGCAGCCUGAAUCUUUCGGACACACUGGAAGCAGCAAAGGUGAAGGAAGCCAACAAAGGAAAGCCUUACACAAGACCCCUGUCCCCGGAGGCUGUGCUGGACAAGGCCAAGAAAAGCUUAAGUCAGCACCAUGGAGAUCCAGCUAACAGAAAGCACCUGCUGGGUUUCUUUGAAAUCCAGUUUGGUAUCUUUCGUGGGCAAACAUUCAGGUGGGUUGCAGAAAAUGCACUAGGGUAUGCUGCUUACCUGGUUGCAUCUAUGAAGAGGGACCCCACAGGAGGCAGCAAAGACUCUCAAGAACAUGCCCACAACAAGGGGAGUUUCAGGGAGUAUAUUGAGCUCUUUCCUUCUGGCAAAAUUGCCAUUGCUAUGAAGGAAGAGCAAAAUGAUGCAAAAGCUUCCAAGCACGAUGCCCUUACUCAGCACGCUGCACCCACCCAGCACGCUGCACCCACCCAGCACGCUGCACCCACCCAGCACGCUGCACCCACCCAGCACGCUGCACCCACCCAGCACGCUGCCACCACCCAUGCUUCCACUGCCUCUCUACGCUCCCUCUUGGUUGGGAAGUUGCCUGACCAAAGAACCCUGACCAAGACCAUAAAAAGGAUGGUUUCCCCCAUCAAAACCACACCUUCUUUGGCCCAGGCACGUGCACGACCCUCUGCCACCCUCACCCAUCCAACUGUGUCCAUUGAGGGAGCCACAGGGCCCACAGCCACCCUCACCCAGCGAAAGCAUGUGGCCUGCAUCCAGGAUCCUCAAGGUGUGCAGCUCUACAUGCAGACGGGCACUUUAAUGAAGGGAGGGCAUCGUCUGCCAACUUACCGCUGUGCCAGAGGUUCUACUUCGCUGGAGUCUUUUCAUCUGCACCUCAACAGAUUCAUCCCAGGCACGCUGGCAAGUGACACCUUUUUUCAGGCGUAUCUUUUGGAUGGACUUGCAAGGUGGAAUGAGGACCGGGCUGUGGCAGCAACAACUGAUGAGCAGCAGCCACAUUCCUAUAGUCAUCUUCUCCGUCAUGCUGCCAAUAUUCUUUCAGAGGAGGUCAUGGGCAUGAAAAUCAGCCCUUAUGUUGGGCCAAGAAAGUACACUGUCCUCACCACUCUCUGCACACCUUUCCAGUCUGAGGCGUUACAGGACCCAAACCAGACAGAGAUGCAGCUGGUCAAUAUGCUCUCUAUUGUGCCUCUGUAA